CAAAGUUCAUGACGUGCCAACGAAGCUUGAAUUUGUGAUGUGGUGUCUCAGUAGUCAACUGCGGUAACGUCUAGGCUACCUCUUUGCAGAAUGGGUUUCAAGUCUGGAAUUUUCGUGCUUGUUUUAGGUGUUGCGAUCGGGUAUUUUGUUCGAGAUUAUGGAACAGAAAUUGAAGCCGCCAAGGCCUAUGUUUUCGAAUCGGGCUCAAGAUUCAUGGAUUCUUUCCAACAAAAACAAAAUAAACCUGCUGCCAAAAAAAGUGCGCCGGCUUCUGAAAAGUCGUCAAUUUCGGAAAAGACCAAUGAUCGGCUGUUUACAAAAGAAGAGCUAUGGAACCACUACCGCGGUGGAAAGGAUAGCAAGGGAUUGUAUCUCGCUAUAUUAGGAAAAGUUUAUGAUGUUUCAAAAGGGGCUAAGUUCUAUGAACCUGGCGGAGGAUAUGACUUCUUUGCUGGUCGAGAUGGAACUAAAGCAUAUAGUACAGGUGAUUUCACUGAUAAGGGGCUCACUGAUGACCUUACUGGGGUAGGCGCUGAACAUUUCGGGGAAUAUGAAAAUUGGGUUACAUUUUAUGAAGAAGAUUACACGUAUGUUGGAAAGCUAAUUGGGAAUUUUUAUGAUGCGAAUGGACAACCUACUGCAGCAUUGAGAGAAGCGCAGAAUAAAAUGAUGGAAGCCAGGAAAUUAAAGGCAAAAGAAGAGGAGCAUGAAAAGUUGUUUCCAAGGUGUAACUCAGAAUGGACGCAAGAGACGGGUUCUAGAGUAUGGUGUUCAACGAAAAGUGGGGGGAUAGAAAGGGACUGGGUUGGGGUACCAAGGAUGCUCAAACCGGUUGGAGUAAAGAAUGCGUACUGUGUAUGUAUUCGUGAUAGCGGGCCACCUUCAUUGGGACACACAGAAGUUGAUGACAAUAGAGGAAACUUAGAUUAUCCAUACCUACAAGAAAUCAAAGGCUGUGAUCCAAAAUCAUUUUCAUGCAAAAUUUGAAUAAUGUAUCAAUAGUUGCAAGUAGCAUAGUAUGUUUUCUAUUUCUGUUGCAAUAUGUUAUACGGUACUACAAUAUUUGUUUGUUACAGACUUUCACUACACUCAGCAACAACAUGUUAUUUAUAGUUAACGAGACUGAAUAUUACAGAAGUGCCUUGGCCCUAGGAUUUUCUAUGGACUUUUUUUACCUGACACCCAAGAGUAAUUAACUUGUCCUGUCUCAUAUUGAAGCUUAUUUCGAUUAUUGCACUUUUACACAGUACUGUUAAAUACACUUUUAUUACUUAUUUCUAGAAAAAUAAAUCA